AAGGCACCUCUAAAGUUUCUGCUUCCAGUGCCCACCACCUUCCCCAUUGCAAGUGACUCCACUCCUCCGGACGCAGGCCUGAGCUUGCCAGAGUUUCUAAUUUUCCACCAGUGUCCGAGGGCCCGCGCGCACGUGCAGAGGAUACCUCCACCCUCGGGGGGCGGGGUCGCACUGAGCCAAUGAGAGCUUGGGGGGUGGAGAGUAGGGAAGAUUCCAGAGGCUGUCUGGGGAGGAAGUUAUAAAGAGGGUACAGCGGGCCUGGGAUAGAGCCAUGCAGUCCAAACGGGAGUGUGAGCAAUGGUGUGAAAGAGUGAAUCCAGAGAACAAGGCGGCCUUGGAGGCGUGGGUUAGAGAGACGGGCAUUCGCCUGGUGCAGGUGAAUGGGCAGAGGAAGUACGGCGGGCCACCCCCAGGCUGGGUGGGAAGCCCGCCGCCGGCGGGGUCAGAAGUUUUUAUUGGAAGGCUGCCCCAGGAUGUGUACGAGCACCAGCUGAUCCCACUAUUCCAGCGCGUGGGCCGCCUCUACGAGUUCCGCCUGAUGAUGACCUUCAGCGGCCUGAACCGCGGCUUCGCCUACGCCCGCUACAGCUCGCGGCGCGGCGCCCAGGCCGCCAUCGCCACGCUGCACAACCACCUGCUGCGGCCCUCCUGCCCGCUGCUGGUAUGCCGCAGCACUGAGAAGUGCGAGCUGAGCGUGGACGGGCUGCCGCCCGGCGUGAACCGCCACGCGCUUUUGCUUGCGCUGCAGCCGCUGGGUCCCGGCCUGCAGGAGGCACUGCUGCUCCCCAGCCCUGGACCGACGCCCUCGCAGAUCGCGCUGCUCAAGUUCAGCUCGCACCGUGCCGCAGCUAUGGCUAAAAAGGCCCUGGUAGAAGGGCAGUCACGCCUCUGUGGGGAACAGGUGGCUGUGGAGUGGCUCAAGCCAGACCUGAAGCAGCGACUGCGCCAGCAGCUCAUGGGUCCCUCUAUGCGGUGCCUACAGCCAGAUGGCAGCCGACUAGCCCUGGCCAGGGACAAGCUAGGGUUCCAAGGGGCUCGGGCUGCCUUGCAGCUACUCUGCCAAAGAAUGAAGUUGGGCAGCCCAGUAUUCCUCACCAAGUGUUUGGGCACAGGACCUGCUGGCUGGCACCGCUUCUGGUACCAGGUAGUGAUCCCUGGGCAUCCAGUGCCUUUCAGUGGCCUCAUCUGGGUUGUGCUAGCUCCAGAUGGGCAGGAUGGGCAUGAGGUGGCCAAAGAUGCUGUGUCUGCACGGCUGCUGGAGGCACUGAGUGAUUCUGGGGCCAGCCUCUGGUGGUGUGCUGGGGCUGAGGCAGGUACUGUGGUUAAGCAGUGACCCCUUCCUCUCCACAGGCAGCUUGAGUCUGUGUCUGUCCUCAGCCCAGCAGGCCUGGGCAGUCUAUCUGAUCCCAAAAGAGGGAGGGGGCACAGGCCCUGCCUCAGGCCUGAGACAGCCACCCUGCUGGGACAGAGCCCCGUCACACCUGGGGGCUAUUCAAGUUUAGUUUAACUUGUGGUGAGGGAUCUUGCUUCCCCCUCUGGGCCCCGGGUCUGACCUGACCCUUUGUUCUUCCUUGAUCUUUCCCUGUGGCACACACCAUACCUCUGUCUAGCAUGAAUCUUUAUUUCUGUUUUUAUUUGGGGAAUUGGAUGAGCCAAAGGGUCAAAUUCUGCCCUUCCCACCACUUGUCAUUCUGGUUUUGAUUUACGUGUGGUUUUGAGAUUUUUCUAUGCUAGUUGUAUAUAUAUAUAUAUUAAACCCCUGGUUAGUAUA